UUGGGGGGGAAGUUUCGGAUAUUCCGAAGUUCAAUUUUCACACAGUUCGGGAGAAAUUGUUUUUAUUUGAAGUGCGGACAAACGUCACCAGCACGGAUCGCGUUCCGGUGGAUGACAUUCUUUCUGAACCUUUUUAUUUUAGGUAUCACGAUUAUAUAUACGCUAAAUGAUUGAUAUUUAGCAGCGAGAUCAAUGAUAAAGCGUCAUACUUGGAGAAAGAGCUUUCGUUAACACAUAACCUUAUCCGAUUUUGUUAAAGUGAUAGUCAUGCCAUUAAAUGCUUUUAGCUCGGUUUUUUUUUUUACGAUACGUAAUAUUUCUAAAGAAGAGAUUAAUUUAAGACAAUGUUCGAGUGGGCAUACGAUGGUAUAAAUGGCUCUAUACCGCGCAAUGUCGGUCCAGAAUGUGCAAAUUACUUAAGUCUGAAGCGAAGGAUAAUAGAAACGUUGCUUAUAUCUGUAUUUAUUAUAUCCUGCAUCGUAUGGGGCUUAAAACAUGUAACGCUGCCAAAGAAAUUGGCCUAUGUCGGCGAAGACCGUGUAGGCAGGCGAGUCUUGCUAAUUAUAAUGUCGUUAGUCCUGGGAAUGGAGAUUGGUUUUAAGUUUACUAGCAGGACUGUUAUAUAUUUGUUAAAUCCAUGUCAUAUUACAACAAUGUUACAAUUGUAUCUGCUGGCUGCGGAUCCUAGUCCGACAGUAACUGCUAUCUUUAGGAUUCAUUUGAAUCUAUUGAAUGGACCAGUAUUGGCAUACUUGUUCCCAGAAACAGAAUCUAGAAUUAUAUUUGCAGACAAAUCAAUGUAUUAUAUUCAACAUGGUUUGAUGUUAGUAAUACCAUAUUACUUGUUAAGAAUUGGAGGUGUAUAUAACGUCGAGCCUUUUUCUGAUAUGAGCUGGUCAAUCCUCGGUUUUGGGCUCAAUGCAGGAUAUCACUUUUGGGUUCUUCAAUGUGUUGCCUUGCCUGUACAAGUGAAUCUUAGCCACAUGUUAUGUGCAGCUAUUUUGGAUCCAUUUGAAGGUCAAAAUUAUCGAAUAUGGGCAGUAACUCAUCAAUCGAUAUUAUGUCCCACACUAUCUAAACUGUUUAGUUAUGGAUCCAACUUUUUCUUAACCAAGUUUCCACCAACAAGAGUUAAGCCAUCAUUAGAAUGCACAAUUCCAAAGAAAAAUCAUACAUAUGAACAAAGCGAGAAAUUACAUGAAGACUCUAAUACCUCAGGAAAUGGUCAUACACAUUUUGAUUAGUUUCAUGACAAAAAAUGUUAAGGUAUAUAAAACUUCAACUUUAUCAAGCUAAUAAUAUUUAUAAUUAU